AUGGCUGGCUCUAGGAAAGGAAAGCACAAGAAGAAAAAGGAGAAAUCUAAUCCUCAUAAAUCCAAAGAAAACAACAAGCAGAUCGAUAUCUCAGAUAUCAAAUCUGAAUUGGGACAUGAGAAAGAAGGGGACAAAUGUGAUUCUAAGCACACUGAAGACAAGCAAGUAGAACAAUUGCCUACAAGACUAAGAAAUUAUUCUGAAGAGCAAAUAAAUGAAAUUAUUUUCAGUUUGGAAGAACUCAUACAAAGUCUUGAGCAGCAGCUGAAUGAUAGAAUAAAUUGGAUACUGAAGAAAAGAAGGGAAGUGAAAGCGAAUAUGGUUAGUCAUACUCAUGAGUUAAUGAAGCUAAGUUCGGAGAAAGAAAAGAGAGAGCAACCGGCUAAGGAGAAAGAGGAACUCAAAACUUCUAUGUCUAAAAUGAUGUUAAAUAAAGAAAAAGUUAGAGGAAUCGCAACCGGUCAGCUCGACAGGCUAUAUGAAGAAUUGGGAAAAGUUGAGGCUGAAAAUCUUAGACUUCGAGCUGAGCUCACUGCCAUUAAAUUGAAUGAAUCAGAAUCAAAGAAGAAUAUGAAACAGGCUGUGAAAAAGGAAAAGGAAGGCGUUGAAGAGAUAGAAAGCUCAAAAAAACACAUUAGCAAGACAAAAAGUCUGAUUAAUCAAGAAAAAGAAAAGAUUCUUCAGCAGGAAGUGGGGUUGAAAAAUGUUGUUCAAGCCCAAGGAGAGGCCAAGCUGAAAUUCAAGCAAGAAAUGGAAGAAAGAGAGCAGCCUCGCAUUCUAGUUUUAGAAGAAAAGAAACCAACUAGAAUUGCAACAGAAGAUAGAGACAGAAAGUUGUCAUCAUUGGAGCAAGAAUUAGAGACAGAACGUCGAUGUGUGAUAGAUGAUAAGGAGAGGCGCAUGCUAGAAGCAUCCCAUCUCAAGACACAGCACUUGUUGGCUUCAGGUGUUUUAGAGGCUGGAAGCUCACAAAACUUGGCUCAAGCAAUGCUCAUUCCUGAUCAUGGGAGCUGUAUUGUCUGCUGCAAAAAAGAAGUUUCUGUUCUUUUCAUGCCUUGUUCCCAUCAAGUUGUAUGCUUCAACUGCAGUGUGAUUGUGGGAGAAUAUUGCCCUUCUUGUCGAGUGCAAAUUGAUGAAAAAUAUAAGAUUUAUGGUGGUACCUCUUAA